AUGUUGGGAAGAAAGAGAAGUGAGAAUUUCACUCCGGACCAGCGGAGAGCUCUAAUUGAGCUGGUAAGAGCUCAUGAAGAUAUCGUUGAAGACAAGCGAACGGAUGUCCAGGCAAACAAGAGAAAACAGGCAGCAUGGGAGAAGAUAGCAGGGGAAAUGAAUGCCUUAUUUCCCGAACGUCCACAGGACCUGAAAGACCUUUGGAGACGAAUGAAGAUCAAGGCCAAGGCCGUAGCCCGUGAGAAAAAGAUCGACCUUGGUAAAACUGGAGGGGGGACGGCCACUGUAGGGGAGGUGGAUGACGAAAUCCUUGCCAUUCUGAAUAUCACACCUGGGGAUCUGCAACAACUACAUAAUCCUGUGGAUGACGAUGCCCCUUCCGUUCCUGUAGUUGCUGAUGACGUCAUUGAUGAACCCUUACCAUCAACAAGCGCUGACGAUCUGGGAAGCUGCACUCCAGCCGCGGAAACAUUCCUGAAAGAUGUGGAUGGGGAAGUUGAAUAUACUGGAGGUAACUACGAUCUUCACAACAGCUCUGCCGCAACCCCCAGGAAACCACGUUCUAGUAAAAGCCUUGAGAAGAGGGCUACCAUGUCCGAUGAAUCUCCUGUCUUAAAGAAGACCGACCAAGCACUUGCCUACCUGAAAGAUGAACAUGAACAAAAAAUGAGUUUGCUUAAUUUGCAGCAGGAGGCAGCAAAAUUUAAGAAGCGUGCCUACGAGGCGAAGAUGGACUACUACAAGGAAAAAAUUCGAAAACUCCGCAUUGACCUGUAG